AGGAAACAGGUUCUGAAAUCAUGACAGGGGAAUGAACUUCUCUGAGGGAAGGCACUCGGCUCCUUAGGGUUUGUGGAUCGACAAAUCAGCUCGAUCAAUUUGUGAAUGGGUGGUGUCUUUGCUCGUCGUUUCGCACUUCGGACAACCCAUUCGGUGUCGUUGCGUCGCUGAGCAGUGGCCAAAGGAAUCCACAAAAUGACCGGGCCAAGCAGCAGACUGGCCCAGCCGGUCGCUCGUGCCUUCCAGUACAUCGGAAAUCGGAUUUCUCAUUUGGAAAUUCUUCCCACAGGCGUGAGGGCAUUUGGAUCCUCAGCACCUGAAUCGUCUGUUGCUCUGAUCAGGCAGCUCAGGGAGAGAACUGGAGCCCCCAUGAAGGAUGUGAAAUCUGUUCUGGUGCAGUGUGAUUGGGAUUCAGAAGCUGCUUACACCGAAUUGAGGAAGAAAGGACUGGCGGCUGCUGGAAAGAAAGCAUCGAGAGUUGCUGCAGAUGGUCUUCUGGGAGUUGCACAGGAGUCUAGAGCCGCAGCUGUGGUAGAAAUAAAUAGCGAGACUGAUUUUGUUGCCAGAAAUGACCUAUUCCAGCAUUUGGUAUCACAGGUAGCGAAAGCUGCUCUAUUGGCGGAAUCAAGCCCUGGGUCGGCGGGCGAGGCGGCCGUCAUUAAUAUGGAAGCACUUGAGUCUGCAAGCGUGGAGCUCAGUCAUCCGAAGCUUUCUGGCCGAUCUACAGUUUCUGACGCAGUUGCCGAAGUGGCGUCGAUCAUGGGAGAGAACGUCAAGCUCCGAAGGGGUUUCCAUAUGUCUUCAUCAUCGGGAUUUGUUUAUUCUUAUCUACAUUCCAGCACUCACAGUGGUCUUGCCCGAGUCGUGGGACUUUUAUCAUUAGAACCUCAGGAGUCACCAUCAGACUCCCAAUCUGGCUCAGAUCCAGCAGAGCUUUCCACUUUGGGAGAGUCAUUAGCAAUGCAUAUAGUGGCGCAGAGACCUUUGUUCCUUUCUAAAGAUCUCGUGGCCGAAGAGGCUUUACAGCAUGAACGCAACAUUCUUACAUCUCAGGCACUUGCAUCGGGUAAACCUGCAAAUGUUGUUGAGAAGAUGGUUUCCGGACGCUUGAGUAAGUACGUUCAAGAGGUGGCACUGUUACAGCAAAAGUAUGUUUUGGAUGAGUCUAAAACUGUUCAGGCUGUGUUGAAUGAUGCCUCGAAGCAACUGCAAAGACAAUACAGCAUUGGCCGGUUUUUACGUAUGGAAGUUGGUGAAGGGAUUCAAAGGGAAGAGAAGAAUUUUGCAGCAGAAGUAGCGGCACAAGCUGCCUAGUGAUUUCGUCCGUCGAAAGCUGUGAUCAGCUCUGAGCACACAACACUCUAGCCUGUGGAGACGCUCUUGAUAUAGAGAGACAAGAAUUUCCUUUGUUGCCUUACGUCUCCAGUCCGGCCUAAAUUCAGUUGCACUGGAAUCAGGCCGGACCGAAGCCUGGGCUUUCCAUAUCCGUUGCAUGAGAUGCUGAACGCUAUCUUACCCUGAGCUGUAGAAACUGGUUGCACAGAAUGUGGACUAGUGGACCGUGUGAAGGAUCCUCGAUUCGAGAAGUGGAGUUUUGUGUCGCACCGGCAUCUCUAUGAGGUUUACGAACAUUGAGAAACGUAGGGAAGUCCAUGAACGAAAAGUCACAAUAUUCUUCACCGCACAAAUACAUGGACUUCCCAAUUAUCUAAUUUUUAGCUUCCAGGUCAGUUGGCAAUCGCUUGAAGUGCAAUUGGCUACAGUUGAAGCUUUGACAUCUCUGUGAGGUAUUUGCGGACCAUCUCGUCUGGAAGUGUCUAGCCAGAGAUAGUAGGAAUUGUAGGAAGGAUCGGGAAGCAAGGUCAAGUCGCUUGUCUUAUCUUGAGACGGAGUUAAGCAGGAAGCGCAUGAGGAAAUAUAUUUUCGAAUUAAAAUUGCCAGUUGCAGCCUUUGGCGC